CGAUCGCCCUCCGAUGGUCCCUUGUUCCCAACAUUGCCGUCGUCCACUUUCGUCCACUUUGCGCCGUGCGCGGGAAUCUAGGGCGGUCUGACUGACUCUUUCGUACGAGUAGUAAAUAGAUAUUACUGUCCUCUGUCCUCCUUCUUGUCCCUGAGCGAAGAGGUCAUCAUUCAUCUUUCUUUUCUUUUUUCCACCAUAUCCACUUUAGUCCUUUUUAUUUAGAGGAGUUGUUGUUUCCAGCCAUAGAUACCCAAACCUAAACCAAAACACCAAAUACCACACAUCACCAAAAUGUUCCGCACCUCCCUCCGCAGGGCUGCGGCCUUCCAGCCCUCGAGGCCAUGCUUCGGCGCCUUCUCUGCCACCGCUGCCCGCCAGUACAGCGCCGCCGCUGGCACUGCCGACAUCGAUCCUUCCAAGCUCAAGGUCGAGACCACCAGCCAGCCCAAGGGCCUCAAGAAGCCCGAGGAGCUUGUCUUCGGCCGCAACUUCACUGACCACAUGCUCACCAUCGAAUGGACCAAGGAGAAGGGCUGGAACGCGCCCGAGAUCAAGCCCUACCAGAACCUCUCGCUCGACCCCGCCACCUGCGUCUUCCACUACGCCUUCGAGUGCUUCGAGGGCAUGAAGGCGUACAAGGACAAGGCCGGCAAGAUCCGUCUCUUCCGCCCGGACAAGAACAUGGCGCGCUUCAACAAGUCGGCCGCCCGCAUCGCUCUGCCGACCUUCGACUCGCCCGCCCUGAUCGACCUGAUCGGCAAGCUGGUCAAGCUCGACAGCCGCUUCAUCCCCGAGCAGAAAGGCUACUCGCUGUACCUGCGCCCGACCAUGAUCGGCACGCAAGCGACCCUUGGCGUCGGCCCCCCGGGUUCCGCUCUGCUCUACGUCAUCGCCUCCCCCGUCGGCCCUUACUACCCCACGGGCUUCAAGGCCGUCUCGCUCGAGGCGACCGACUACGCCGUGCGCGCCUGGCCCGGCGGCGUCGGCGACAAGAAGCUCGGCGCCAACUACGCGCCCUGCAUCGUGCCCCAGGUCGAGGCUAUGAGCCGCGGCUUCCAGCAGAACUUGUGGCUGUUCGGCGAGGAGGAGUUCGUCACCGAGGUCGGCACCAUGAACUUCUUUGUGGCCAUCAAGGAUAAGCAAACCGGCCAGAAGACCCUGGUCACUGCUCCCCUCGACGGCACCAUCCUCGAGGGCGUCACGCGUGAUUCCGUCCUCGCGCUGGCUCGCGAGAGGCUGGAGCCCGAGGGCUGGAGGAUCGAGGAGCGCAAGUAUACCAUGAAGGAGCUUGCCGAGGCGGCGAACGAGGGCCGUCUUAUUGAGGCUUUCGGCGCCGGUACGGCCGCUAUUGUUAGCCCUGUGCGCUCGAUCAGCUGGAAGGGCCAGCUCGUCAACUGCGGUCUUAAGCCUGAGGAGGAGAGCGGUGAGCUUACGAUGAAGGUCAAGAACUGGAUGGAGGCGAGGCAGUAUGGUGAUGAGGAGCAUGAGUGGAGCUAUGUUUGCGAGUAGAUUUUAGAUUAAGAUACCUGGGUGAUGAUGAUGAGAGAGAAGACAAAAAUGAUAUUUAAGCGAAGAUUUCAAAAAAGGGUUGCUUCUAAAUCUUUAAGACUUCCUGUAUAUAGUUUUGGGUUAUGACAUGGGAUUUUCGGUAGAUGGGUAGUAGCCAGUUCAUGAAGAAAAAGCCUAUUUUACACUUCCACGAAGCUACCUACUCC